GUACACCAGAUAGAAGGCACGUAAGGCGAGGUGAGGCAAGGCGAUCGGCAGCAUCAACCAGAACCGUUCGAUCAUCAGCUGUCUUCAGCUUCAGAGUCCACCAUGGCUCCUGAUGAGUUUGCUGGCGGGACAGUGGUGGCCUGUGUGAUCCUGGGCCUGUCGUUCCUGGUGGGGGUCCCGGGGAACCUGCUAGUGAUCUGGACCAUCCUGAGGCACGUCCAGCAGCGCUCCCACACCGUGGUGCUCAUCCUCCACCUGGCUGCUGCAGACCUGCUGGUGCUCAUCACCCUGCCCCUGUGGAUCUACUCCCUGGCCCGCUCCUGGGUGUUUGGGGAGGCAUCCUGUAAGGCCAUGGUGUACGUCAUCAACACCUGCAUGUACAGCAGCGUCUUCCUCAUCACCCUCAUGAGCGUCGAGCGCUUUGUCGCUGUGCGACACCCCUUUGCCUCAGCCGGCUGGAAGAGGAAGAAGGCCUUGAAUAAAGUUCUUAUUGUUCUGUGGGCUGCUGCGUUCCUAUUCAGCACCCCGGUCUUUCCCACCCAGGUGGUGGAGGGGSACCCUGGGGAGGAGCAUUGRCUGUACAGGGACUACACCUCAGACYGCCAGGAGGCAGUGUGUGUUCUACUGGAGACGCUGGUGGGCUUUGCUGUCCCCUUUUGCAUUCUUGUCGUCUGCUACAGCUGUCUCUACAGCCGCAUCGCACAGAUGACCUUUAAGUCCAAGCGUAAGUCCAUGGGGUUGAUUGCAAGCAUGGUAGUGGUGUUCGCAUUAUGCUGGACCCCUCACCACGUCGGCAACGUGCUCUCCCUCGUCAUCCUCACCAUCAAGGGGUCCCACCGCGAGGCUGCAGAGCGCAUAGAGAGCGCCAGAACCACCAUGACUUUCAUCGCUGGAGCGCUCGUGUUCAUCAGUAGUUCGGUCAACCCUUUGCUCUAUGUGUUUGUGGCGCGUACGUUCCGGAGUUCCCUGAGGGAGACAGGCAUUCAGAAAUUGUUCCGGCACAUCUCAAGCACAGCUCCUGGAGAGGGGACUAAAGAACUGUCCUUUGUGACCAAGAGACCAAGCAUCUCUCAGACACAGAGCCACAGCUCCCAGUGUGUCACAGAGCCUAAGGAACAAAUGGAUGUACUUAUAAAUAUAUGUGAAAAUGUUUCUUCCUGAGAUUGAAAACGAUGUUUAUCAUAUGUUUUUGAUAAAGAUUGUUGUGUGUAAAUUACAAAGUUUGAUUUGUCACAUUGUUUCUAUAUGUUAAUUAACUUAAAAUGUAGUAAAGCAAUUGUUAGUAAUGUCUAUGUCAAACAUAAUGCAUAUAAAAACAUUAAAAUAGGUUCUGUAUAUAAUUUUACCUGUAGUGAAUUUUAAUAAACUUUUGAAAUACUUUUUAACAUAUACACAUAUUUCUAUGUAGGCCCCACUGUGUUAGACACAUUCUUCAGUUGUGGUAUAAUGCUAAUUUCAUGCUCAAAUGUUUUUAUAUUCCAUGUGCCACAGAAAAAAGAGCUUCAUAGAAAAAAUAACAUAGUGUCACUGUAUAUGUUUGUCUGAAGCUAUAUGAUAUGAGUAUAAUGACUGAGUGUACUGUAUGUAUUCAGCUGCUUAUCUUGAGGCCUUGCCUCACAACAUUUAUUUUAGACCCUCCUGAUCUGGAUAGAAUAUAUUUCACCCACAGCUUUAGCCUUCAUGAUAAUGGCAACCACAGAUAUCAGCCUCUUCCUGUCAUACUGAGCUUUCCAACUGUCUUCAUACUGAUCAUUUCAUUGUUAUAGUUGAAGUCAAUGAACAUGUGUAUGUACCCCAUGCCAAAUGUAUUUAUAUUUUUUAUUUAACCUUUAUUUAACUAGGCAAGUCAGUUAAGAACAAAUU